AUCAGCUAUUCAGAGGCAUGGAGAGCUCUGCAAGGGUGAGAUCUCAGCUCUUAGCUGAGCAGUGCUGAACUCCCUAGUUGCGUUCAGGGUUUCACAUCUACUGCUGCGUCCCCUUUCCAUUUCUACUCAAUAUGGGAGAUGGGUUAACGGCUCCAGACUGCAAUAACAGAUCCGUCUCCCCAACAGUGAGUUCUGCCAAUGGAGCCAAAAGCACCACUCUGCAACAGGUGGAUUCGGAGCUGUCAGAUCAGUGGACAAUCGGCAUGGGCAUUUUAAUGGCAAUAAUUGUUACUGUCAUCAUUGUUGGAAACGUGUUGGUGAUUACAGCCAUAGCCAAAAAUCAAAGACUACAAACUUUGACCAAUGUUUUCAUCAUGUCCUUGGCUUGUGCGGAUCUGAUAAUGGGAUUGCUUGUGGUUCCCUUUGGUGCUACCUUGGUGAUCAGGGGCACCUGGCUUUUUGGCACCUUUUUCUGCGAACUGUGGACAUCAAUUGAUGUGCUCUGUGUAACCGCUAGCAUAGAGACGUUAUGUGUGAUUGCUAUAGACAGAUACAUAGCCAUAACUUCCCCAUUCCGCUAUCAAAGCCUGCUCACUAAGUUGAGAGCAAAAGGGAUAGUCUGUGUAGUCUGGGCUAUAUCGGCUCUUGUGUCUUUUCUGCCCAUCAUGAUGCACUGGUGGCGGGAUGGUAACCCUAAAGCCCUGGAGUGUUACAAAAAUCCUAACUGUUGUGACUUUGUGACCAAUGAAGCCUAUGCGAUUGCAUCUUCUAUUAUCUCUUUCUACAUCCCUCUAGUAAUCAUGAUUUUUGUUUAUGCCAGGGUCUUCAGAGAAGCUCAGAAGCAGUUGAAGAAGAUUGACAAGUGCGAAGGCAGGUUUUACAACAAUCAAAUUAUCAUCACCACUAGUAACGGCAGGCUGAACAGGAGACGACCCUCCAAGAUCAUGGUCAUGAAGGAACACAAAGCCUUGAAAACUUUGGGUAUCAUCAUGGGCACAUUCACGCUGUGUUGGCUUCCCUUUUUUGUUGUGAACGUGGUGAAGGUGCUGUGCAGCACGGACAUUAUCCCACAAAAUCUUUUACUGUUCUUCAACUGGCUGGGUUAUGCCAACUCUGCUUUCAACCCUAUCAUCUACUGUCGGAGCCCUGACUUUAGGAAAGCCUACAAGCGAUUGCUUUGGUGUCCUCGGCAAGCAGACAGGAGGUUGCACACAGGAUCGGGGGAGCUGUGGCGCCAGUCGGAGGGAUUCUUCAACCCUGCUGAUCCCCCGACUGUGGGGACCACUUGGUCAGAAUACAAUGGUAUUCCGGAGGACAGCAGUGACUGCAGCCUCGAGAGGAAUGGCAAAAUUCCACAUUGUGAAUCAGAACUCUAGUUAUAAAACAAGUACAGAGGAUGCACAUCGACAUGCCUGGAAAACAAAAAACAUAUUUUAUUUUUUGGAUUUCUUUUGCCACAUGGUUGCAGUUAUGCUACCAGAAGUGGUGGAUGUAACUUAAUGGUGGUCCCGCUGAGAGAGAGAGAACGAGCGAGAGUCAACGGGAUUCGAAGGGAUUCGAACAGUCACCCGGUUAGGAAACUAGUUCUCUCUGUAGGGCACCGUCCUCUGAAAGUGUGAACAGAGUGACAGCAGCAGCUCCCAAGGGGAAAUAGUGUUGCUCUACUGCAGUCAGUAUUAGGAACUUGCCUAAAUAAUUUUGACCUACCCUAGCAAUGGCCUUUUACAUACACCCAGUCACUCUUCUGCCAAACUGUUGCUCUGAAAAGGGAACAAUCGAUCUAGUUUCAAGAACUGUUGCUCUGAAAGGGAACACUCGAUCUAGUUUCACGACAGCAUUUGUCAAUAAGCAAUUUAACUUUGAGGUGUUGGUGGGGUGAUGGGGGCACAACUGUAUAUGAACUGCAAAUCCAGCACAAAGGCUUCUGAACGUGUGUUUCAACAUAGUCAAGUCCACUGUGAACCUUUAAUACCAUUUUGUUACUAUAAGAAAGAAGAUAUUUUAACACCUUUUUUGCAGAUCAGUAAUUUGCUUAAACCCCGAAACAAACAUGAUCAGGAGUAUUUGGGUAGUAGAAGGUUUAUAUUUUGCUGCUGUUGAAAUGUUUUUCUUUUUAAAGAAGGCUAGUGGACUGCUCGUUUUCCUUUUGUUUCUUGGAAAUCAUAUCUCACAGAGCCCCUACCUCGAACUGUGCAUAUUGUACAGAGUACUAUUUUGUUUACAUUAAACAAACACUUUCUUAAUAUAUUUAUCAAAAAUAUAUAAUGAAAAAAAAACAGGGAGUUUUAUAGCAUGGCAAGUGCUGAACAAACGUGGGCAGUCCAUAUGUGUUUGCUAUGGUUAUUAAACACGCACAGAUACAAAGCUUUUUUGCACAGUUUUAGGAGUCCGCAACAAAAAGAUGGUGGUGUUGCAGAGUAUGUAAGGAAGGUAAUGAUUUAUUACACAGUCCAGUGGCUUAUAUCUCUUGUGAAACUGUUACUGUUACUCUUAAGUGAUUCUUGGUUGCAACAAUUGACUGUACAGUGUAAAUGUCCACAUUAAAACUGAGAAAACUUAUUUUUUUAUGUAAAAGUGCUACAUAAAGCUGGAGUUAAUUUAUAUCUUGUCUAUAUCAUACACAUUGCUAUGUCCUGUGUUAUUUUACUAAAGUAUUUAUACUGCGGUAUAACUGCUGUGUAAUUUUCUGGUCAGAGGUGCAAUAAAUGAAGUUGCAGCACUG